AUGAUAAUUGGUGCAAUUAAAAUUAAGGAUGGACUUUUUAUUGGGGAUGAAUUUGCAUCUAAAGUAUUGUAUCUAAUUAAUAUGUAAGGAUCUUGAAUUUGUGAUAUAAAAUAAGGUCAGUCAUAUAAUAAAUUGUGCUGCAAAACAAUUACCUUGUGUAUUCGAAAAUUAUGGAGUUUCAUAUCUAAAAUUUAAUUGGUUGGAGAAUGAGCAGGUAUUUAUUAAAUCUAUUGAACCAGUAAGUUUUAUUUUAGAAUGAACUAGUGAAUGAUAUAUAUCAUUUUAUAGAAUAAGCACAUGGUAAUGGUGAAUCAGUCUUAGUACAUUCAGUUAGAGGUUAAUCAAGAUCUUGUUGUGCAUUAGCAGCAUUUUUUAUGAGAAAAUAUAAAUGGAAAUUAUACAAGACUCUUGAGUUCUUGAAUACUAGAAGACCUGAUUUAGAAAUAAGAGCUAGUUUUUAUCAUUAAUUAACAUAAUUGGAAUAAAAGUUAAAUAAGAAAGGUGAAGGAGGAUUAUCAAGUUCAUGGUAACCUCAUGAAGAAUUGGAUCUUCCUCUUGAAGAAGAUGAAAAGCUAUUAAGAAAUACAUUUAUGAAUUCAAAAUCAAGUGCAGCUGAUUCAUGUUGGUUAGAUAGAAGAUUAUUUAAUUAAUAUUUAAAUGAAAAUAGACCUAGAACCAUAACAUGGGCUGAUGAAACUUUGGUUAAAAAGUCUUAGAAGAAAAUGAAAUAGAACACUACAAAGCCAAAUGUUAAAUUAAAUAACUAAAAUAAUGUAAACGGAAAUGUUUAUCAUGUAACAGUUAAUAAUUAUGUAACUUUAAAAGAAGAACAAGAAAAAUGUAACACUAGUUUAAACUCAAGAGAUACUGCAUAAUUGUCUCUUAUCAAACCAAGUAGUGGAACCAUAAAAAGAUAAUAGAAUGAUAGUCUGAAAAAGCAUUAAGAAUAAAAAUAAAAAUUAUCAGGGAAAUCUUAAUCCAUGAAAUAAUAAAAAAGAGAUCCUAGUGAAAGACCAAGAUCAGCUUAUGCGUAAAAUUUUAAUUUAUUUUAGUUAGCCAGAACUCUUACCUAUGCCUAAUUUGUUAAAACCAACCACUGGACUUGGUUAUAGAUAAUAUUCACCCUUAGUAAAAGGUAUUUCUUCUAUCUUCCUAAUUUAUUAGGCAAUAACAUUCCAAAACCAAAUUAAUUAAUUGCUACAAGUAAAAAUAAAGGAUGGAGAUAUCCAUCUCCUGGUUAAAUUAAAAACGAUGAGAGCAUUAUUUAAUCAAUAAUUAAUAGCAAACCAGUUUGGAAAUGA